CCUUCAGUCAUGGCUUCCGGUGCAACCCUGAAAAUCUACUUAGUCUUCUUCGUCUGCGCGAUUGCGUCGAGAUCUGCCUCGGCACAGUUGUCUGGCGAAGACUACUACGCGCGAAGCUGCCCGAGAGCGCUCGAGACCAUCGGAUCCGUCGUGGCAUCGGCUGUGGCCAACGAGUCUCGCAUGGGGGCGUCCUUGCUCCGUCUUCUGUUCCACGAUUGCUUCGUCCAAGGAUGUGAUGCAUCGAUCCUACUAGAUGACACCGCAAACUUCACCGGGGAGAAGACAGCGUUUCCCAAUGUGAACUCCGCGAGGGGAUUUGACGUGAUCGACACCAUCAAGUCGAAACUAGAGAAACUGUGCCCCGGCAUCGUCUCUUGCGCCGACAUCAUAGUCGUUGCUGCUAAGUACUCCGUCGUUGCUUUGGGUGGACCGAGUUGGCGACUUCAGCUCGGAAGAAGAGAUUCGACCACGGCGAGCCUAAACGCUGCCAAUACCGACCUCCCAGCUCCAUUUCUUAAUCUCAGCGCCCUCAUCACUUCUUUCUCUAACAAAGGCUUCACUGCCAAAGAAAUGGUGGCGCUCUCGGGAGCCCACACCAUAGGCCAGGCCAGGUGCACGACGUUCCGGGGCCGGCUCUACAACGAGAGCGACAUAAGCCCGCCGUUCGCCGCGUCUUUAAAGACCAGCUGCCCCAGCUCGGGAGGCGACAACAACCUCUCCCCUCUCGACGUCACGACCCCGACGUUCUUCGACAACGCCUACUUCAAAAACUUGUUGGGCCAGAAGGGCCUGCUCCAUUCGGACCAGCAGCUGUUCAGUGGGGGUUCGACGGACGCCCUGGUGAUCGACUACAGCUUCGGCUUGGGUUCGUUCAGGAACGAUUUUGCCGAUGCCAUGGUCAAGAUGGGAGGCCUCAGCCCUCUCACCGGGUCUAGCGGUCAGAUCAGGACGAAUUGCAGAAAAGUCAACUGAUUUCAAUCCUGGCGUUUUCUAUGACGUUGUAAGAUCCUGCAGCAUUUACAUCGAAUAAUGGAUCGCGUUCUCUGUUGAAAGGAACUUCGGCUCGUCAAUUGAACACGACGUAGCGAG